AUGGAUGAGGAUGAGGAUGAAGAAGAUGAAGGUGAGGAUGAAGAUGGGGAACGUGAUGGAGAUGAAGAUCUUAUCUCUGAUAUCCCGGAGGGGGCGUGGCCAGAAGGGGGCGUGGCCAAAGGGGGCAUGUCCCAGAUUUGGGGGCGUGGCCAGAAGUGGGCGUGGCCAGAAGUGGGCGUGGCCAAAGGGGGCGUGGCCAAAGGGGCCCCCAUAAAUCCCCGGCGAUUCCCGGGGCAGCCCCAGAGCAGCGGGGAAGGUGCCUGGGUGCUGGACGGGCACACCUGUGCCCCGCCCUGGCACACCUGUAUCACCUGUCUGUGCCCAUACAGGUGCCUGGGUCCUCGAUGGGCACACCUGUGCCCCGCCCUGGCACACCUGUAUUACCUGUGCCCAUACAGGUGCCUGGGUGCCUGGGUGCUGGAUGGGCACACCCGUGCCCCGCCCUGGCACACCUGUAUCACCUGUGUCUCACCUGUGUGCCCAUACAGGUGCCUGGGUGCUGGACGGGCACACCUGUGCCCCGCCCUGGCACACCUGGCACACCUGUAUUACCUGUCUGUCUCUCACCUGUCUCUCCCAGGUGCGUGGGUUCUCGACGGGCACACCUGUGCCCCGCCCUGGCAGGCCGCGCUGUUCCGGGGUCGCCGGUUCAUCUGCGGGGGCACCCUGGUGGCGCCCAGGUGGGUGCUGACGGCGGCGCACUGCCACGCCCCCGGCCCCAUCACCGUCCGUCUGGGUGAGCCCGGGGGGGCGGGGCCUGCGCCAGGUGAGCAGCGGCGCCGCUCGGUUCGCGCCUUCCCCUUCCCCGGCUACAACGAGAGCUCCAAGGACGGCGACCUGAUGCUGCUGCGGCUGCAGGUGCCCGCGCACCUGAGCCGCCAGGUGAGCCCCCUGCCGCUGGCACGCACCUGCGCCCCGCCCGGCACCGCCUGCCAGAUCUCGGGAUGGGGCUCCACCACCAGCCCCACAGUGACGUUUCCCCAGGCCCUGCACUGCAGCCAGGUGCGCAUCGUACCUGAGCUCACCUGCCGCCGCAUCUACCCCAACUCCAUCACCCCCAACAUGCUCUGCGCCGGGGAGCCGCGGAGCCGCGCCGACACCUGCCAGGGCGACUCCGGGGGGCCCCUGAUGUGCAACGGGCGCCUGCAGGGCAUCACCUCCUGGGGGCCGGGGGUCUGCGGGGACCCCCACAAACCGGGCGUCUACGUCAACCUGUGCCGCUACGGCCACUGGCUGCAGCACACCAUGGCCCGGAACUGACCCAAAAAACGCCGAACUCACCCCAAAAACGGACCCGUCCGCCACAAAAACAUGAGCCCAAACAUCCCAGGUAGAGCCUGGAAAUUAAACAUGUAUCCACUCCCAAAA